AAGACUGGAACUGCUCUGACCUUUGAUUACAAACUCGUUUGCUUCUGGACAAAAUGGCACUCAGUUACUGGGGGCAAUAAUGGGAAUUGGCCUCAUGAAAGUGUUCUGAGAGUGCUCAUAGUUCAUGGGGGGAGCAAUGUGGGAGGAACUAAUGCAGCCAGGGUCCAGUUUAGGGGGGUCUUCUGUGACUGGACGAGGGGAAAUGGUAAGGAAAAGGUUUAAUUCAGUGAGGGGAUGGAGGUGGGGAUGCGAUGGCGUGGGGAUGAGGGGACGGAGCAAACAGGCUGUUCUGGUGGAGGAGAGAGAAGGCGCAAAGGAAAGAGCCGUGAGGAUCGGUGAGAGGAUGGGGGCUGUGAGGAGGAUGGGGCUAUGGGGGAGGAGGGGUGGCGGCAGAAGGCGACGUGCGGGUACAGCGGCCCCGGCGGCUCGUAGCGCUGAGGGGCUCAUAGCGCUGAGGGCCCCGCGCUGCGGCUGUGCCCGCCCCGAGUGGCCGCGGGGGCGGCGGGCGGUUCCCGGGCGACGUCAGCGCUGGCAGCGGGGGGCGGAGCGGGCCGGGCCGCGGGGCUGCGCAUGGAGCCGGCGGCGGCCGGGCCGGGAAACCUGUCCGGCGGCGGCAACGAGAGCGGCACGGCGGAGGCGGAGGCGGCGGGGCCGGGCUGGUCGGCGGCGGCUCUGGCCUCGCAGGCGCUGGCCCUGCUGCUCAUCUUCGCCCUGUCAGCGCUGGGUAACGGCGCGGUGCUGCUGGUGAUCGCCCGGCACCGGCAGCUCCGCACGGUCACCAACGCCUUCGUGCUGUCGCUGUCGCUGUCGGAGCUGCUGGGCGCGCUGCUCUGCCUGCCCCUGGCCUUCCUCAGCCUGCUGGGCCGCCCGCCCGGCGCCUGGCUCUUCGGCCGCCGCCUGUGCCUGGCCAGCGCCGCGCUGCACGCCGGGCUGGGCAUCGCCGCCACGCUCACCAUGGCCCUGCUCUCCUUCGACCGCUACUGCGCCAUCGUCCGCCAGCCCCGGCACAAGAUGGGCCGCCGUCGCGCCGCGCAGCUGUUGGCCGCCGUGUGGCUGGCGGCGCUGGGCCUGGCCGGGCCGUGGUACGGGCUGGCGGCCCAAGGGCGGCGGGAGGCCCGGCCCGGUUCGUACCGCUGCGUCUACGUGCUGCCCUGGGGCUCGUCGCGGCUGGGCCCGCCGUACGGCGCGGCGCUCAUCGUGCUCUGCUACCUGCUGCCCUUCGCCCUCAUGUGCUUCUGCCACUACAACAUCUGCCGGGCCGUGCGCUUGGCCGAGAGCCGCGUGAGACCCCUGGCCACCUACGGGAACCUGCUGCGGGCCUACGGGGAGAUGCGCACGGCCACCACCGUCCUCAUCAUGAUCGUCUCCAUCAUCUGCUGCUGGGGGCCGUACUGCAUCCUGGGGCUGGCCGCCGCCGCCGGCCGCCUGCCCUUCUCACCCACCAUGGAUGCGGUGGCCAGCGGAAUGGCCUGGGCCAACGGGGCCAUCAACCCGCUCAUUUAUGCCGCCCGCAACCCCAACAUCUCCGUGCUGCUGCGACGCAGCCGCGAGGGCGGCUACAGGACUAGGAACAACAUGGCCGCCUACCUCUCAGCCCCAGGCUGCAGGACGGAGCCCCGCAGUCGAGCCGAGCGCGUGCGGGAACGCUACGUCAACUGGCACAGCGGGCCUUCGGGGAGCGCCCCAUCCUCAUCCAGCCCGGCAAGCGGAGGAGAGGUGGCCAUGUGGGCCUGCAAGAACCCAGCUGUGCUCUUCUGUCGGGAUGGGCAGCCCGACACUGUCUCUGAGGCUGUUUUGCAGGGCAAAGUAGACACCGUCAACACCAGCCUCUGAUGGGGUUGAGGGCUGGGAUAGCAGCAUCGGGCGCUGGGGCCAUCUCCCUGAGGAAUCAGUGAUAGCUACCGAUCUCUUGGAAAUCGGGGAGAUGAGCCUGCAUGAGCCAUAGUGUGAUUUCUUCUCCAUCGUGCAAGCUCUGGUUUGGCAGCCCGCUCUGCCAGCAGAGAGAGAUCCCAAGGGAAGGGUGUUCCCCUUCCAUCAGGCUUGGGGCAGUGGUGAUGGCCACUGAGCAUCAAGAGUUUGAUUGCAUGUGCAGUUACUCCGGUCCUUCAGAAAGCAUCGAACUGGAGCUGCAGAGCAAACACACAAACAGCCUGAGCCAGCCGACUGUGUGAGCUGUUUGCUAAGUGCCAACAGAGCCACCAGGAGCUGAGUGCUGGCAGCUGGAGGACGCUCAGAGAACACCACACUGUGAAAACCGCAUCACGGCAGGAAAAUGUUGCUUUAACCCAUUGUAUGUGGCAGUACAGAAUGUCAUUGGGUUUGGGACAGGCUAAAAAGUGAUCUGUGAGGAUGAUGGAUUAUUUAAAUUGCUAAGUUAAACAGAGCAGUGAUUGUUGUGACAGAUGCCUGCGGAGAAGGAAGAUGUGUGAUGCUGGGAGGGAGGGAAAGGAAGAUGAGAUGUGUCAGAAUUUCAGCAGCCUUUUAUUUACAGGUGCAGCCAGUAUUAAAUACUGUGAGUGUGGGAAACAGAGCUCUGCAGACAGAGGAAAAGGAGUGGGUGUAGUGUGUUGGAUCACAUGGGCACAAGGUGUACUCGGAGCUCAGCAGACGUGUCUCACAUCUCCAAUGAUUUAACUGCACUUAGAGGAGCCAUGCGAGAGCAGUGUCUGAAAGGAGAGGCACAGCAGUGCUGUGUUUUCUUGCUGUGCUUAAGCAUAUGAAGAUGUGCAUAUGCAAAGAACAGAUAUCAUAGUGCCCACAGCAAGAAUCUGUUAAUGGAAUGUGAUAUUCAAAAGCCAGCUCUGUUUGUUUGCCACUGGAUAAAAUGAAGGUAACACCAGGAAAUGGAAGUGCUAUUGCAAAGCACAACUUCCUAUGGGUUUAUCUGACUGAUAUUUUGGCCCGCAGGCUCAGAGUCCGAACGCCUUAAUCAGUAUUCAAACUCACAAACUGAGAUUGUCUUAAAUUAAAUGUGAGAGGCAGGUAGUAUUGUUCCUGUAUGGUCUUCAAGAAUAUAGUGUUACUGUUGUACAGCUUUUUCACCUGGUUGUGACUCAAUGAAUGUACCAUCGUUACUUUGCAAGCCAGGCAAGAAAUAAAUGAUCUUUUAUGCAGGAGA